AUGUAUCCCUGCGCAUUUAGGUGAAACUCCGGGUGACUACAGAGAGCUGGGAUACGGCACGGAGGGCGCCGGGGUGGCCAGAAACGGAUCCUUGGUGAUCCCGCGGGUAUCGCGGGAUCACGCCGGAUUCUACCUAUGCCAGGCGAGCAACGGCAUCGGGCCCGGCCUCAGCAAGCUCAUUCGGCUAACGGUUCAUGCGGGCCCCCAGGUGACAGUAAGGACGCGGCAGGAAUCAGUGCGACGAGGGGAAAGCGUAAUAUUGCGCUGCGAAGCCGAGGGAGACGCGCCUCUUGAUCUUAGCUGGCGUGUUCGUGACAGCAAGAUCGAUCCUAAUUACGACGUUAGGUACGCGGUAGACAAUACGGCGGACGCGUCGGGACGCGUCACCACCGAGCUGCGGAUCGUCCAGGCGAGCCACAUGGACCGCGGCGACUACGUCUGCGUCGCCGCGAAUGCGUACGGUCGUGACAAGGCGACGAUCCACCUGCUUGUGCAGGAGCCGCCCGACUUCCCACGCAAUCUCCACGUGGCCGAGCAGGGCAGCCGGUCGAUCCUGCUGGCCUGGUCCUCGCCGGCGACCGAUCGGGACGCGAGCCACGUCAGCUCGCCCAUCACCAACUACAUCGUGCAGUACAAGGAGGCGCAAGACGUGUGGCAUGAGCACAACACGCAGAAGCUGGUAGCCGGAGACAACACGGUCGCUCGGGUAUCGCCCCUAAAACCCGCGACUACCUACCACUUUCGGGUGCUUGCGGAAAAUCAUCUUGGAACAUCAGCGCCAAGCGACAUCCUUCAUGUGCAAACGGACGGCGAAGUGCCCGGUGGACCGCCCAGGCACGUCUCCGUGGAGCCCCUGGGCCCGCAGCAGCUCAAGAUCACGUGGCAACCGCCGGAUCGAUCCCUGUGGAACGGCGAACUACUCGGAUACACCAUCGGCUACACCAAUCUCGGAGGAGAUGAUCAAUUGAUGAACACGACGCGAGUAGGAAUCACAGGAAAUGGGGACGGCUCGCACGAUUAUAGACUAACCGGUCUACGAAAAUAUACCCAAUAUAGCGUAGUAGUCAAGGCGUUCAAUAGCAAAGGAGACGGCCCGGGAUCCGAUCCCGUGACGGCGCACACGUUCGAGGACGUUCCAAGUGCGCCACCGCAGAAUGUAGCUUGCGCCGCACUGAAUGGUCAGAACAUCCAGGUGACCUGGAAACCGCCGCCUUCCGACAAAGUUCACGGGGUCGUGCUGGGGUACAAGCUGCUGUACGAGGCCGCGUCGGACUCGCAGACCAGCAGGGAGACGAAAGUCAGUCAUGCCCUCAGCACGGUCCUGCAUACCCUCAGCCCGUACACCAACUACACGGUACAGGUGCUCGCAUACACCAGACCCGGGGACGGCGUCGCGAGCAGUCCCGUGUCUUGCACCACCGGCGAAACUGUUCCCGACGCCCCGGAACGCGUGAAGGCGGUGAUCAGCGGCGAGAACGCCGUCGUGAUAUCCUGGCUGCCGCCGCGACGGCCGAACGGCCAGCUCAUCCAGUACACCGUCUACAUCCGCGUGUUAGAAAAGGGCCAGGAAGUGAAGAUCACCAAGAGUACCCUGCCCGCGCAGAAUCUACAUCACGAGGUGACCGGCCUGAAGCCGCACGAGACCUACGAGGCGUGGGUCACGGCCUCGACUAAGGUCGGCCAGGGCUCCAGCACGCCGGUCAUCAAACUUCAGCCCAGCAGCACCGUUCCAGCUGCAAUAAUAUCGUACGGUGUGCCGAUCGUGGUGCCGUGGCGAGUGGACGUUAAUAUGGCUUGCCUCGUUGUCGGCGAUCCCCGGCCGACCGUCGAGUGGCGACGUGCCGACAUGAAGCUGCACCAAAAAUCCGACGUGGGCCCGGACAACACCUUAACUCUGAGAAACGUGCAGAGAAGUCACGAGGACAAUUAUUCGUGUCACGCGAAGAAUUCGCUCGGCACGGAUGAAAUUACGUACACGCUGCAUAUCCAGGUGCCGCCGACGUCGCCGACUCUGCUGGCGACCGGCACGACGACCGACGCGAUCCAGCUACAAUGGAAGCAGGGCGACAACGGUGGCGCGCCUAUUAAGGGAUUUCUCCUGGCUUAUCGUCGGGAAUUCGCCGAAUGGGAGGAGGUGAUGCUGGACCGGCGCGAGAGCACGCAUCUCCUCGAGGGCUUGCAAUGCGGCACGCGGUACCAGUUCACCCUGGCGGCUUUCAACCGGAUCGGCAGCGGCAGCGCGAGCGAGAUACAGCUGGCGAAGACCAACGGCUCGAAGCCGGUCCCGCCGCCCAAGCAUCACUUCGUCAAGCCGAAUCAGACGUUCGUUAUUCUGGAAUUGGCGGCCUGGCAGGACGGCGGCUGCCCGUUGACCUACUUCGUCGUGGAAUAUAGGAGGCUGCCCGGGGAUUGGCUGCUCGUGUCCAAUAACGUGCCGCCGCAGUCGAAAUUCCCAAUCGUCGAUCUGGAGAGCGGCACCAGCUACGAGCUCCGCGUGACGGCUUACAACAACGCCGGUUCCACCCAGGCUGAGUACCUGUUCAGCACGCUGUCACCGAACGGAAACAACCGUUUGCACGAGGAUCAUCCGCAGGAGAGCGAGACCACUCCGCUCUACCUCGACGCCCACGUUUUGGCGCCCAGCGUCAUCUCCGUUCUCGCUGUCAUGCUCGCGAUCGCCGGAGUCUGCUUUUGCCUCAAGACACAUCCGGACGGAUCCGGCGGGGCGAACGAUCCGAACUCGCAAACGCAGGCGGCCCUGGACAACAAGCACAACAUGGAACAGAGGGAACAAUACUACGCCACCGUGAGGAAACCGGGACAGCAAUCGCCCUGCCGCGAGGUGAGCGCCCUGGAACGAAUACCCGAGUAUUCGGAAGACAUUUAUCCGUAUGCCACCUUCAAUCUGCCCGAGCAGGAAAAUCUGUCGGCGAACCCUAUGAGACAGGCGUUCUUCUACGAACGCAGCGAGACGAUGCUGCAGGGCGCUCAAUGCGAUGUGGACCAGUACACGAAAGUACGUGGUCGGGCGCGGCGCAAAUCAAAAUCGUUCAAAUCCGAGUCGGAGGAGUACGACACGCUCGGCUCGGACAGCGACACGGAGGUCGGCACCAGCAGUCGCACCGAGUCGUCGAAUCAUCUGGACGAUUCCGGGCCGACGUCGAUAAUGGCCCGCUCGCCUGGGCCGAACUCCGCGAAUCAGCGGGAGCAGCGGCUCGCCCUGGUGCAGCGACCGGUUCAUCAUAAUGUGCUGUACCACACGCACGAAUCAAGUACAUCAACCGAGCCGUCACCAAUUUCUGAGAGAAAGACUUUCCCGAGGCUCGAAAAGCAACGGAGCCGCGGCGCGAUCGACGUCGCGAUCGACGGUCGCAUCCCCGGUAUACUGCGACCGGUGCUGAAGCUAUCGGAGUCCGGAGUGCAUUCGUGCUCGCGAGGAGCGUCGCCGAGUCGUCCGGUGCGUCCUGGUUCCUACGACAGACUGGAGAAGGAGCCGCCGAGCAUCAGGAAGUCCGUCGAGUCGCUCUGCCUCCUGGAGGAGCCGGCGGGCACGUUCAGAAUGAUGCGGAGGGACGACGAUUGGGGCAGCGAGCUGUCUACGUUGGAAUUGAAGCCACCGAGCGGCUUCACCGACGUUCACGAGACCAGUGAGGCCGAGUGCGACAUCGACAUGAAGCUCAAGUUGCACAGGAAACGACCGAGCGGCCUCCACUCGAACAGCUCGCUCUCCAAAUCGCCCAAGGAUUUCACUAUCACCGUUUAAGUGUUUUAAUCAAAUAUCGAAACCAAAAUGGAAUUUAAAAGAAGCCAAAAAAAAAA